AAGUGAAGCGUGGUUAGUUAGUUCAGUUAUUACGGUUGGGGAGAAAUGAAGGCGUUAGGUAUUGCUGUUGGUGGUGUCCCAAUGCUUUGUUCCACUGUUCGGAUUCGGAACCGUCGAUUUUGUGUUUCUUUCUCUUCUUCUUCGGGACCCAAAACGGCGGGAGUUGCAGGUACGAAAAGUGGAUACAAGCCCGGGGUGUUUGAUGAUUUGUUCCUCAAUUUGUUCCGUAACAAAUUGGUACAGGAGGUGGGAUGGGACUCGAAGAAAGCUGGAUAUGAUGGAUUAAUUGAAGUUGCAAACCGUUUAAUGAUGAAGGGCACUACAAAUUCCCAUACCAUAGAAGCUACGGUACGAAUUUUGAGGUCUCUGUUUCCUCCAUUCCUCUUGGAGCUCUAUAAAAUGCUCAUAGCUCCUAUAGGAGGUGGCAAAGUUGCCGCUAUUAUGGUUGCAAGGGUGACUGCACUUACUUGUCAAUGGCUCAUGGGCCCCUGCAAAGUCAAUUCUGUAGAUCUACCAGAUGGAACCUCAUGCAGUAGUGGGGUGUAUGUGGAAAGAUGCAAGUAUCUAGAGGAAAGCAAGUGUGUUGGUAUCUGCAUCAACACAUGCAAGUUUCCAACACAGACCUUCUUCAAAGAUCAUAUGGGAGUGCCAUUACUUAUGGAGCCCAACUUUGCUGAUUACAGCUGUCAGUUCAAAUUUGGAGUUCUUCCCCCACUGUCUGAAGAUGGCACCGUCCUGAAGGAGCCUUGCUUGGAAGCAUGUCCAAUUGCUUCCCAAAGAAAAAUAGCUGCCAGAACUAUAGGUGUCACUGCCUGCCCAAAGACAUGAACAUAUUUUUCUCCAUAACCUUUUGUAUUCCAGUUCCAACUUGUCUUUGAAGAUGAAACUGCAGAGUGCAGACUUGGUAUUCCAUAAUAACGAUAAUUCAGCUCAUAUUUGAAAUUAUUUAUUAAUACAACCCAUCUUUGUAAAUAGAUUGUUAAUGUUAGUACUUUGGAUAUGUUUGUAUACUAUUAUGAAUAUGAAUAUUCUCCCGAAGGAUGAAGCUUAUUAUCUUACUAAUGUAAUAGAUGUCUACAUUCGCUCA